AUGGCGCAGGGGGAGCCGGGGUCGCGGCUGUGCGGUGUCCAUGCCGGGAGGCCGCUGGAGCUGUUCUGCGAGGACUGCGGGUGCUGCGUGUGCGCUCUGUGCCCGGCCCUGGGCGCGCACCGCGGACACCGCGCCUGCCUCCUGCCGCACGCCGUGCGCCGCACGCAGGAACUCAUGACAUUGCACUUGAAGAAUCUAGAAGAGAGAAAAGAGCAAGAAGCUGGUAACAAAAGGAGCAUAGAGCAAGCUGUAAAUGAUGUGAAGGCACAUGUUGAUAUGAUCAAACGGCAGCUGUCAGAAAAAAUGACUGAGCUUCAGUUACUUCUUCGGGAAGAAGAGAGUUUGGCAAAAAACUUCAUUGAUGAAAAGACUCAGCAAGCCCUGGGAGCACAUGAUGAGCAUUUGAUGUCCUGUCAAGAACAGCUUGCAGCCCUAGAGACAUUCACACAUCGAAUCAGACAAAUACAACGGGACAAUGAUCCUAUUCAUUUGCUGGAGAAGUACACAGAAGUUGAGAAGGAAAUUGAGGAAUCCAGGCACUUGUUAGAAGAGUGGCAUCCAAUACCUCUCUCAUUUGAGCACUUACUUAACCAUUAUAAACACAUCAUCAGAGUUCUUCAGUCCAUUCUAGAGAAACCACUGGAAGCCCGGCUUAAAGAAGAUGUUUUCAGUAGCCUUAAUCCCACUGCAAAGAAGGAGCCUGGGACAAUGCUGAAAACCAUGACUCCUAUUGAUCGGUUUCUUUUCUUAAAACAUGCAAGAUCACCAACCUGGGAAUAUGACAGCAUUCACCCACGGCUGAAAUUGUCUGAUGACCGUCUUGAAGUAAGCUGUAGCUGGAGGAAAAUAUUUUACCCCUGUAGUCCCCAGAGAUUUGAUAAAUUAUGGCAAGUGCUAAGCAGAGAUGCAUUCCUUUCUGGGAGCCAUUACUGGGAAGUUGAUUUGCUUCAUGCUGGAGCAGGAUGGUGGAUUGGCGCAGCCUACCCUACCAUUGGCAGGAAAGGAGACUCUGAAGCCUGUCGACUGGGCUGGAACAGAGCAUCUUGGUGCCUUAAGAAGUUUGAUUUUGAAUACUGGGCAUUUCACAAGGGAGAGAGAAUCCCCAUCCUGAUAGAAGAUGAUCCUGACUGCAUUGGCAUUUUUCUAGAUUAUGAAGCAGGAAUCCUUUCAUUCUACAAUGUUAGCAAUGGCAUGGCUCAUUUGCACACCUUCCGCUGCAAGUUCACAGAACCAGUUUAUCCAGCUCUGAGACUCUGGGAAGGGUCCAUUAGAACAUGCAAACUAACAUAA